AUGUCAAUACAAAAGGUCACUCUCCUCGCACUGUACGCCACGUCAGUAUGGGCUGCUACGUGGAAAGAUAUAAACAUGACCGUAUACACUGGCGAGGGAUGUCUGGAAGAUACGGCAUCCAGCUCCUGGACAAUUCCUACCUCUCCCUCGUGUACUCAGCUUAUUCCCGGAAAUUUCCAAUUCUACGCACAAUACGUAUUUGACCCCGUCGGAGGUACAACUGGCAGCAUCCAUUAUUACAACGACUAUUACUGCGCAGAGGAGAAUCGCAUCUACAAAUUCGAUCAAGUGUAUUUACAGGCUUUCGACGUGUCUGGCGAUGCUGCUAUAUGUAAAAACUGCCUUGUCGCGGAUUGCUCGAUAAGAUAUGCUGAGAAGCCCUUGCCUGAGGACGUAUCUAUCUUCUCGAAAGUAGCUAUCACAGACUUCCCCGCAGCGCGAUGUCCCAGCAAUGUAGUUGCUACGAGCUCAGUAGUACCCACCGACGGUAGCUGUGUACCAUACACGGGGGGUCGAUCGGCCAUGUUUGUGAGGCACUCCAGUGCAGUUACUACCGGGGACAUAUUUGUGUUUGUGGAGGGCACUUGCACUCAUCUAGAGGAGACUAUUAGUUCCAAUCUGAAGAAUGUAAAUGUAGCCCUGGAUGCGACAACGGAAUGUCGGAAUAUGGACAGCGGUAGGCAGUCUUUGGGAAUUACCCCAUUUAAUUAA